UGACACAGGAAGUCAACUUCACGCUCAAAUAACAGAACUUAGCCCUGAAUCUGUCAUUUCUGCCUAUUUCUUUUAUGUCUGAAUGUUGAAGUAUGCAAAGGUAACGCAUUAGAUAUACACAGGGGGAUCAGAAAUUCCCCUUUUGUUUCUUGCUGACAUUUAUAAGACAUUUUAACUUUGCCGAGUUCCGCAUUGAGAACAAAGGAUUCAUUUUGAAGAUGUUGAAUAAACUUUACAGACAGAUGAUGUUUCCUGAAUCAACUGCUUUCUUUUUGAUUGUUCUUGUGUUCAGUUCCUCCACUGGUUCAACUGAAGAAUUAAUAAAAAUCAGAGAAACAGAAGAAACAAAAGCAGAAGGGUCAUGUGUCACCAUCCCGUGUACCUACAAACAUGGGAAUGCUAAAAACAUUAAACUUCUGUGGUAUAAAGAUCCAGAAUAUGAUAAGGAACUAAAGUUAUUUACUGGGACUAUCUUAUACAGUAACACAGUUGAUCAUCCUCAGUCACCAGGUUACUCCAGUAGAGUGGAAUACAUUACUGGUAAAGCAGAAAAAGACAAAGAUCGGAGUAAAUGUGAUUUAAAAAUCAAUGAUCUACAAAAGACAGACAGUGGAAUCUACACCUUUAGAUUCAUUUAUUCAGAUAACAGCAAGUACAUGAUCAAAGCUUUGAAUCUCACAGUCACAGACAACCCUUGCAAACUGAACAUUGAACCAUCAGAGAUGAAGAAUUCAGUCAAAGAAAACGAUGAAUUUAGUGUUCACUGUUCAACAUCUGAUUCAUGCCCAUCUUAUCCUGAGUGGUUUCUCCUAAAACCAGGACAAGAACCAGAAAGAGUGACAUCAGCAAGAUAUAAAAUCACACAAGAGAAAAAUGAGGGCAAAAAAAACACCAAAUUGAAGUUCAAUGCAUCAUGGCAGGAUGAUAACAUGAUGUUGUCUUGCCGUUCAGCAGAGACUCAAGACAGCUGUCUCUUCAGAAAUAUCACUCUGUCUGUAGAAUAUGAACCAAAGACGGCAGAAGCAACAGUAAGCCAUGUGAAUAUCAAGGAAGGAGAUUCUGUCACUCUCUCUUGUACCUCUAGAGGACGCCCUAAUGUCAACAUGUCAUGGUUCAAAAAUAGGACAAAGCAAACACAACAGGCUGUGUGGAUACUAUAUGAUGUUAAACCAGAAAACAGCGGAGAAUACUUUUGUGAAGCUGAAAACAAGCAUGGGAAAGUUAAAUCGAAUAGAAUUUCCAUCAACGUAAAAUAUGGUCCAAAAGAUGUCAGAGUGACUCCUGCUGUCAGCAUCAGUAAUCUCAAAGAAGGAGAUGAGCUGAAACUGAAUUGUUCAGUAGGGGGCAGUAACCCAACAGUCCAUCAGUUUAACUGGUACUUGAAUGAUUCCCUCUUACACCAACAAACCAGUCAGUUAUUAUUUAUCAGUGAAAUUACACCAGAAAAUAAAGGCUCUUACCACUGCAAGGCCAACAACGGAAUAAAAACUGCACAAUCUAACAGACUCCAGAUAUAUGUAAAGUAUUCACCACAUCAGAUUAAGAUUGAUGGCGGAACUUCUGUAAAAAAUGGCUCCAAAGUAACCUUUAUUUGCUCAGCUGAUGCAAACCCUCCACCAAACUCAUACAGCUGGAAACACACAUCAACACCUGAAUCACUACCUCUUUCAUUCUCAAACACAACUGGAGUCUUAACCAUUGACACAGUGACCAUUCAACAUGCAGGGACAUACACAUGUGCGGUUACCAAUGAUAUUGGUACAAGUGAAACAUCCAUAAACGUUGCUGUUCUUUAUGCCCCUUCCAAACCUAUGUUGACCAUGAAAAGUGAAGGAGAAUAUGGAGUAGUCUCUAUUAUCUGUACAGUUGAAAGCUCUCCCGCAUCAAAUCUUAUAGUAACAGGACCCUCUGACUUCAAAAGCAUGCCGGAGAAUAAAAACAACAUCAGUAAAUCUGAUAACAAGGUUACAAUAUACCUGAAUGUAAGUGAGUCGGAUGCAGGCGUGUAUAAGUGUACAGCAGACAAUUCAGAAGGAACAAAUCACAUUGAAGAAGAGCUGUUGUAUGCACCUAAGAAUGCCCGUGUAAGAUCUGAAGGGGAGCAGAUAACAGGACACAAGUUGACUCUUGCAUGUAACACUCAAUCUAAACCACCAUCCUCAUAUGAGUGGAAGAAAAUCACCAAUGGACCAUUAGGGACAGAGGGGAAAUCACAGAUACUUCACUUACAUUCCCUGCAGACCUCUGACUCUGGUGAAUACGUCUGCAUUGUUAAGAAUAUCGUUGGAAAAGCAGAAUCUCAACCAAUUGAUGUCAAGGUGAAACUUGACAGUCUUUCAGUGUUCUAUCGGGCUAUUUUUCCCAUCAUUCUACUGUUGAUUCUCAUCGCUCUGGCCAUCUUUUUCUUACGCAGGAAAUUCAUCAAGGCAAGAAUACAUCAACAAAUCAGAGAAUCUCAAAACAAUAGUCGAGAGAAUCUGGCGAUGGCAGAAGCUGCUGAUCCAAGCCGUGGAAGAACCGAUGACUUCUAUACAACACUCCAUUCUCCAGGUCCUGCGAGGGCACAGGUCUCUAGUGCGAGGCCAGUGUCAAAUACCCAACAAGUGUAUUCUGAGAUUACAUUGCCACAAAUGAAACAGGAACGUGAAGACAAUGGCUCAAUAAACUACGUCACUUUGGAUUUCAAGCGACAACAGGAGCUCGCAAAAAGAGCAUCUGAUGAUUCUAGCUCAGCGAUCUACAGCAGAGUGUUCAAGAAAAAAAAGUCACAGAAUACCUCCGAGUCGGAGAUUAACGAUUAUGAGAACGUUUCUUCUGCAUGUGCUCGAAAACUUCCACUCACAUACACAGGCUGGGAGUCUGAUACCAGUGAGGAAGAUGAAGUCAAGUACACAACUGUAACUUCUGCUGUAAAACCAGGUGUCAAAGAACCUAGGAAGAAGAGUUCGAGCUGUUCUAGCACUAGUUCUGAGGAAGAACGGACCGUAUAUUCAGACAUAAAAACAUAAACAUCUAUCUAUAUAUCUGACAGAAAUGUGAUAGCAUUAUAUGGCUUGUUAACUACUCAAAAUUUCUUACAUUUUUCAGAAUGGGGUUUCAUUAAAAUAACAUAAUAUCACAUUUUUGUGAAUGAUAUAUCAGAUGCUGUUGAUUGUUUGGUGCUAUAGGCUUGGUGUGAUGAGUGUAAUGUUUUGUGCAUUAAAAAAACUGCUACAAGUGUUUCUUAUAGACUGUAUUGUAAUAUCACCAAUAAACUAUGUUACUUCUGAGUGAAGCUGUAAAACAUUACUACUGAGCAGAAUUAAACGUGUUGAAUGUUAA